AUGGUUGGGGGUCCAGAUUGGCUCAUCGUGGGCGUGAUCCUGAGGUAUGGCACCCCCGCCACCGGUGGUCAUGACAAGUCAGUGAGCUGUACUCAGGAAGACAGGGCCUUCAGCACCUUAUUAGUGAACGUCAGUGGGAAGUUCUUCGAAUACACCCUGAAAGGAGAAAUCGGCCCUGGCAAGAUCAACAGCGUAGAGCAGAAUGACAUAUUGAGGAAGGUAACGUUUGAUCCAGAGGUCUUUUUCAACAUUCUCCUGCCUCCGAUUAUUUUCCAUGCCGGCUACAGUUUAAAGAAGAGACACUUUUUCAGAAAUCUCGGGUCUAUUCUGGCUUACGCUUUCUUGGGGACUGCCGUUUCCUGCUUCAUUAUUGGGAAUCUCAUGUACGGUGUAGUGAAGCUCAUGAAGGUCGUGGGGCAGCUCUCGGAUAAGUUUUACUACACAGACUGUCUCUUUUUCGGAGCCAUCAUCUCUGCCACUGACCCAGUGACCGUACUGGCGAUAUUUAACGAACUGCACGCAGACGUGGACCUCUACGCACUCCUGUUUGGAGAAAGCGUCCUGAAUGAUGCUGUUGCCAUCGUCCUGUCCUCGUCUAUCGUUGCCUACCAGCCAGCGGGGCUGAAUACUCAUGCCUUUGAUGCUGCUGCCUUUUUUAAAUCAGUGGGCAUCUUCCUAGGUAUAUUCAGUGGCUCUUUUACCAUGGGAGCCGUAACUGGCGUCGUGACGGCUCUAGUGACCAAGUUCACCAAGCUGCACUGCUUCCCCCUCCUGGAGACGGCACUCUUCUUCCUGAUGUCCUGGAGCACGUUCCUUUUGGCGGAAGCCUGUGGCUUUACAGGCGUUGUGGCUGUCCUUUUCUGUGGCAUCACGCAGGCUCAUUACACCUACAACAAUCUGUCGGUGGAAUCAAGAAGUCGAACGAAGCAGCUCUUUGAGGUGUUACACUUCCUGGCAGAGAACUUCAUCUUCUCCUACAUGGGCCUGGCUCUCUUUACCUUCCAGAAGCAUGUCUUCAGCCCCGUUUUCAUCAUUGGAGCUUUUGUUGCCAUCUUCCUGGGCCGAGCUGCACACAUCUACCCGCUCUCCUUCUUCCUCAACUUGGGCAGAAGGCAUAAGAUUGGCUGGAACUUUCAACACAUGAUGAUGUUUUCAGGCCUCAGGGGCGCGAUGGCAUUUGCGCUGGCCAUCCGCGACACGGCAUCCUACGCUCGCCAGAUGAUGUUCACGACCACCCUCCUCAUCGUCUUCUUCACUGUCUGGAUCAUUGGCGGAGGCACAACACCCAUGCUGUCAUGGCUUAACAUAAGAGUUGGCGUCGAGGAGCCCUCCGAAGAGGACCAGAACGAACGCCGCUCACAGUACUUCAGAGUCGGUGUUGACCCAGAUCAAGACCCACCACCCAACAACGACAGCUUUCAAGUCUUACAAGGGGAUGGUCCGGAUUCUGCCAGAGGGAACCGGACGAAGCAGGAGAGUGCGUGGCUCUUCAGGCUGUGGUACAGCUUUGACCACAAUUACUUGAAGCCCAUCCUCACACACACCGGCCCCCCCUUAACCACCACGCUGCCCGCCUGGUGUGGCCUGCUCGCUCGGUGUCUGACCAGUCCCCAGGUGUACGACAACCAAGAGCCGCUGAGAGAGGAAGACUCCGACUUCAUCCUGACCGAGGGCGACCUCACCUUGACCUACGGGGACAGCACAGUGACUGCAAACGGCUCCUCAGGCUCCCACACGGCCUCCACGAGCCUUGAGGGCAGUCGGAGAACCAAGAGCAGCUCCGAGGAGGUGCUGGACCGAGCCCUGGGGAUGGGAGACCAGCCGGUUUCGAGCCGGGGCACGCGCCUAGUGUUCCCCCUGGAGGACAGUGCGUGA